AUAACAACAAAAAAAUGAAACACUCCUCCUCGAUUCAUUUAAACGUAAUAUCAUCGGAGAGAAUCCAAAUCCAUCUUCACUCAUCAUUAGUUACUUGUACAAAAAUUUAGCUCACUCUCCACUUUCAAUACUUAAAACUAAUCCUCAUCUUUGGACCAUACACGUUAGGCCCAAAUUCCCCAAUCCACCGUCAAGAUAAACAGUAGAAAACAAUCGAAGCGGCGCGUAUAUCCAAAUCUCUUAAUCACGCGUGUUGAUCACACCUCAACUACUACCAACAUAAAACUACUACUAGCAUAUUUUUGGGGUAUAUCUUGUUUUUAAAUCGUAGAGAGAGAUUUUGGGGUCACACUCGCUUUUCUUCCCUUUAUCUGUCGUCGUUUUGGUCUCUGCGGAUCCCAACCUCGCCGUUGCGAAUUUCGAAGCUCUUCGUUGCGGCGAUCGAAGAUUCUCAUACAAGUAACUAAGAUGAAGGUUUUCGUCAAGACUCUUAAAGGAACUCACUUCGAAAUCGAAGUCACGCCACAAGACACGAUUUCCGAUGUGAAGAAAAAUAUAGAAACUGUUCAGGGUGUAGAUGUCUAUCCUGCUGCACAGCAAAUGCUUAUUCAUCAAGGGAAAGUUCUGAAGGAUGGGACCACCUUGGAGGAAAAUAAAGUAGCUGAAAAUAGUUUCAUUGUAAUCAUGCUUUCAAAGAGUAAGCCUGCGUCCGGUGAAGGGUCUACUGCUUCAAAUGCUCCUCCAGCAAAGGCUCCACAGACAAGUGCUGCUCCUACUUCAACCCCCACAGUGUCUGUAUCUCAAGCUCCUGCUGCAACUGCGGCAACGCCUGCAUCCGUUGCUGCGCCUUCUCCAGCUCCAGCUGCUACUCCGGCUCCUAUAUCUUCAGCAACUGCUACGGAAGGUUCUGAUGUCUAUGGGCAGGCGGCAUCCAAUCUGGUUGCCGGUAGCAACUUGGAGGGAACAGUUCAACAAAUCCUAGAUAUGGGUGGAGGAAGCUGGGAUAGGGAUACUGUUAUUCGUGCUCUUCGAGCUGCCUUCAACAACCCCGAGAGAGCGGUUGAAUAUUUGUAUUCAGGUAUCCCUGAACAAGCUGAAGUUCCACCAGUGUCCCGAGUUCCUGCAAGUGCACAACCUGCGAAUCCUGAAGCUGCAGCUGCAGCUCCACAAGCAGCACAGCCUGCUCCUGUUACCUCAAGUGGACCUAAUGCUAAUCCUCUGGACCUCUUUCCCCAGGGCCUCCCAAAUAUUGGUGGUGCUGCUGGUGCCGGCUCUCUGGAUUUUCUCCGCAACAGUCAACAAUUCCAAGCAUUACGUGCUAUGGUGCAGGCAAAUCCACAAAUAUUGCAGCCCAUGCUACAGGAGCUUGGCAAACAAAAUCCUCAACUUAUGAGAUUGAUUCGAGAUCAUCAGGCUGACUUCCUUCGCCUGAUAAAUGAACCUAUGGAAGGUGGCGAAGGGAACCUAUUGGGACAGAUGGCUGCUGGCUUGCCACAACCACAAUCAGUAACUGUCACUCCCGAGGAGCGCGAAGCAAUUGAACGCCUUGAAGCAAUGGGCUUUGAUCGUGCUAUAGUAUUGGAGGUGUACUUCGCUUGCAACAAAAACGAGGAAUUGGCCGCCAACUACCUUUUAGACCACAUGCAUGAGUUCGACGAACAAUGAUCUCCUUUCGAAUAAUUUGCAAAUUAUUUUUCGUUAUCUUUUCUCUCGGUGGACCUUUUUAAAUUUUUAUACUUGGUGUUUAAUGAGGUAAUGCUUUAUAAUGACAAUAUCAAGUUGACUGUGGACAAGGGAUGUUCUUACCUUCUCAUUGCCGCCCUUUAAUUCUCCUCCCCAUCGAGGGGUCCUUCUCAGUAUUCAUAUACAUAGUCGUUUGCUUUUCUGUACUCAGUAUUCGCUUUUUGUUGUUGUUGUUGGUAACAGGUAUUGUGCAUACUUUUAACAAAGCGUAAUCGUGAACCCGUUUUUAUUCCCAAGUCUA